AUGUCGCGCGUGGCGAACCUCUACCACUCCCUCUCCGACGCCGAGGUGGCGCACCUGCUCGGCCCGCUUUGCCUCGUCUCCCACGACAUGCGCACGCUCGUGCCCGGCGACGACGCGUGCCUCCUCGCGCUCACGCUCGUCGAGAAGCUCGACGUGCUCAACCGCGUUACGGCCGUGGCCUCGUGCCUCGGCCGUCGGUGCGCGGCCUCGGCACUCAUGGGCUUCGACCAUGUCUACGCCGACCUCCUCGCCGGCCGCUCCGAUGCGGGCGCGUUCGCCGUCGCCUCCGCCUCCGAUGCCGCGUUGCUCGUGCGCUGGCUCGACCGCCUCCGCCGCCGCCAUCGCCGCACUUCUCGCCGAAGCUCGAGCGCUCACAUCGCCAUUGCUGCGCCCAACCGGAACCAGCCGCCGUGGCUGCGCUUCUCUGGUCGCCGCCGGCGCGCUUUAUGGAGGACACCUGCAGCGGACGGUAGUCAGGGAGCAGAGCGCGUGAAGCUGCGUAGGCGCUGCGUAGGCGCAGCAUGCUGA